AAUCCCCAAUCGGUAACACUGAAUUGUGGGUGUCGAAGUGUCGCGGCGCGAUGUUGGAAGCGAAUUUUGGGUAAACAAAAUCGUUGAUAAGGUAUUCGUUCGAAACUAAACGGGAGUCGCGCGACGUUUUUUCCGUUGGCAAGAGCUGAAAAAUUGUCCAGAAACCGAGUGCGGGUUAAAGCCAGGCUCUAGCUCUUGCGCCUGUGUGUGUGCGCGUGUGUAUGUGUGGGCCAGAAGCGUAGCCCCUGGAAAAAAGAAGUUUUUCUGUUACCAUAUUUUUUAACGAACGGCCAAAGGGCGCAGCAUCUCUGCUCUCAAUCUUUCGCUCUCUCUUUUUUCCGCCGUUAAUUUAAGUUUUGCAACUCCAGUUAUUGUGUGUAAACAGCAGGUGAACAUAAAAAAAAAACACGGAAAGUGCAAAAGAGUGGGAAGAAAGAGGAAAGAAGAAGAGCAACUCCGCGCAGACCGACAAAAAGUGACGCAUAAAUAAAGGUUGCUAAUUACAAAAGACACAUCGCCACACAACAGAGCAGCCGGAAUGGAGCUGGAGCCGCGUGUGGCCAUCCUGCAGGACCUGCGUCUGCAGACCUUCGACUCCAUUCGCUUCGCCUCCUAUCGCACCGCCUCCAAGCUGCGCUACAUACAGAAGUCCACCAACCUCCACCUGGUGGACAUAUGGAACGUGAUCGAGGCGUUCCGCGAGAACGGCCUCAACACACUGGAGCCGCAGAGCGAGGUGAGCGUGGCCAGGCUGGAGACCCUGGUCUCCUCGCUCUACCACAAUCUCAACAAGCGCCUGCCGACCGCCCAGCAGGUGCCCGUGGACUCGAAGGCGGGUCUGCUGCUCAACUGGCUGCUGGCUGCCUACACAAGUGAUAACUCGGGCAAGAUUCGUGUGUUCUCCAUCAAAGUGGCUUUGGCCACCAUGUGUUCCGGGAAAUUGGUGGACAAACUCAGAUACAUAUUCUCGCAGAUCUCGGACGGCGCUGGCCAGCUGGUGGCGUGGAAACUGGGCGAGUUCCUGCGCGAGGUGCUGGCCCUGCCGGCGGCCGUGUACGAGUCGCCCACAUUCCAUUACAAGGAGGGGCUCGAGGAGGAGAUCUUCCCGGCCGAGAACAAGGUGACGGUGAACGACUUCAUGGCCACGCUGAUGUCCGAGCCGGGGCCGUCCUGCCUCGUCUGGCUGCCGCUGGUGCACCGGCUGGCCACCGUGGAGACCAUUGUGCACCCGACUGUCUGCUCUGUUUGCCACAAGGAAAACUUCACCGGGUUCCGUUACCGCUGUCAGCGGUGUCACGCCUACCAGUUGUGCCAGGAGUGCUUCUGGCACGGCAAGACAUCGCUGAACCACCAGAACGACCACGAGGUCAAGGAGUACUCAAGCUACAAGUCGCCCAGCAAACAGAUCGGUCACUCGCUGCGCAAGAGCUUCCGCUGUGUGCCGGAGAAGACGGUGCAGGUGCUACCCCGCUUCCCCGACCAGCCGGAGAAGACGCUCAACCUGUCGCACAUCGUGCCGCCCUCGCCGCUGCCCUCGCACAAUGGCUUCUCGGACCCCUCCGGCCUCGUACAUGGCCACCACGUUCCGGGCGCUCAGGGCCAGCACGGCCUCUUCGAUCGCUCCAGCACGCUCGACUCGCGGGCCACCGGCCGCAGUCUGGACAGCGCCGGCGGCACCACCAUGUCCCGCGUGGCCGCCGCCUCCGCCAACGACGAGGAGCACCGCCUGAUUGCCCGCUACGCCGCCAGGUUGGCCCAGGAAAACCGAGCGCCAUCCAACUUGCCCGAAGGAGCCAACCCCAUUGGCACGGACAACUCGCGAGCCCAGCGCGAGCUGAUCGCCCAGCUGGAGUCGAAGAACAAGGAGAUCAUGCGGGAGAUUGCCCGGCUGAGGCGUCAGCAGGAGACGGAGCAGAUGGCCCCGGAGAACCCGGCGCUGAUCAACGAGCUGCGCGCCUUGAGGCAGCGGAAAGGAGAGCUGGAGGGUCAUCUGGGUGCCCUGCAGGACUCGCGACGCCAGCUGAUGGAGCAGCUGGAGGGUCUGAUGCGCAUGCUGAAGAACCAGCAGACCGCCUCGCCGCGUUCCACGCCGAACUCGAGUCCCCGCUCCGGAAAGUCGCCACCGAUGCCCGGUGGAGCCGGCAUCCUGGGCACCUCGCCCAUGAGUGCGUUGCACGCCCAGCAGAUGCAGCAGCAUCCGAUGGCAGGAGGCGGCGGCGGGGGAGGAGGAGGAGGAGGUGGAGGCGGCAUCAGGGCCACCCAGCAGCAACUCCUCCAGCAACACCAGCAGCAGCAGCAGGCGCAUGGCCACGGUCCGUUCAGCCAGAGCCAACUGGAUCAGCUCAACCAGAUCAGCAGCGACAUGCGGAGCGCCUUCGCCGCCAACGGAAGUGCAAAUUUCGACGAAUCUCAAUCGUAUAACCAAGAGUGGAACGAAAAGGCAAAUGCGAAUAGCCAAUGGCAGGAACAGUUUGCACAAUGGAGUCUUAAUUCGCAAAAGAACUAAAUGGAAACCGCAGGACUGGAAAUCUUCGGAGGCAGCUGAACAGAUGAAGAAGAACUCUCGCUUAGCUUUUUACCUUACCUUACCUUAACUCAUAUGUUGAAUUAGAGCAAUUUAUUUAUUGAUUAUUUUAUUGAGCCGUAGCCUACACUACCUUAAUCAUUAUAAUUUACACUUUGAGGAUUGGUAUCUACACAGUAUAGUAUGUCAACAUAUACCUGCUUGUAUAUGAUUAUUUUAUUGAAGCAAAGAAUAUGAAUAUAGCUGAUAAACAAGACUUGCAGUUGCACUGCUCUUCGAAGUCGCAAAUCCAUUGAAUCUCGUUGAAACUUUAAUGAUCAUACUGCUAAAGGGCAAUAAGAGGUAUGGCGUUUUAAUUUUAGGUUUCCAAGAUUUCGUAAUGGGCUUUUAGAUUUUUAAAGCGCCCGCGCCAGCGUUUAUUUAUUAUCAUGAAACUUAACAAAUUGAAAAUCAAAUCACGUAAUGCGUAAUACAAAUACGAUAUAGACAUUUACAUAUUAUGUACUUAAUAACUAGCAACUUGUUGAGAACCUAAAAUCAAAUUCUAAAUGCUAAACAUUAUACACAUUAUACACUUUGAGAUACGAUAAAGCCAACAACUAUUUGAGCCACAACAAAACCCAAUGUUAAACACUAAAACGAAAAAUAAAACACGAUUUAUAUAUUAUCCAUUCAUAAUAUGCAUUCAUAAAAAAAGUUAUACCAUAUAAUCUUAACUGCAUAGAGCACGAGAUAGAGAAAAUCCAACAUUUAUAGAACUUAUACAUAACUACUGAAUAAUAUUACAAAAGAGAAAACUAAAUAAAAGGGCAUUUUAAACAAUCAUAA